AUGCAGCAAGUGCAGAGAAACGGGCCCUCCAUAUCUGCAGCAGCAGCAGCAACAGCAACAGCAGCAACAGCGCAUGCAGCAACAGCAGCAGCAGCAGCAACGCAUGCAUCAGCAGCAACAGCGCAUGCAUCAGCAGCGGAGGGAGAGCAGCAGGAGCAGCAGGGAAGCAGCGAGAAACGGGCCCUCCAUAUCUGCAGCAGCAGCAGCAACAGCGCAUGCAGCAACAGCGCAUGCAGCAACAGCAGCAGCAGCAGCAACGCAUGCAUCAGCAGCAACAACGCAUGCAUCAGCAGCAACAACGCAUGCAUCAGCAGCGGAGGGAGAGCAGCAGGAGCAGCAGGGAAGCAGCAACAGCAGCAGCAGCAGCAGCAGCAGCAGCAAGAAGGCAGCAGCAACACAGCGCCUGCCACAGGUAAACAGCAGCAGCAGCAACAGCACAACCAGCAGCAGCAGCAGCAGCAAUAA